ACAUUUAAAAAAAAUUAUAAAAAAAAAGAAAAAUAAAAUUGAAAGUGAAAUUUACCCAAUUUGAGGCUUUCCAAGGAAACACAGGGGCACACCCUGCAAAUCUUAGCUAUUUUUAGGGUUAAAGCUUGUUUAUCCUUUUUUUUUUUAAAUUUUUUUUUUUUUUCCUGGUUCAGUUUCGAAGCUUCUUCGAGCUCGAAAAAUUCAGUAAUUAGGGUUAGGUUUUUCGAUAAUUUUGUGUUAUAGAGAAGAAAAAUAAUAAUAAAAAAAAGAUCUUCCUUUUUUCCUCCGAUGGAACAGGUUUGCAGCUUAGCGUUUCGGUAAAGUUGGUGGGUUUAGGGUUUCGAAGGAGGUAUCAUCUAUGGCGGCUGCUAAUCCACAGCCUUUGCAAGCGCGACCAUUCGAGGAACACUUGCGGGGUCCUAUACCUAUCGAAGACGAUGAUGGUGAAUAUGAAGAAGGAGGUGGUGGUGGAAAUGAUGGUGAUGAUGGAAUGGAUGAGGUGGAAGAGAAUCGUAUAAAUUCGGCGAAUGUUAUUGAACAUGGAGCAAUGGUUAUGGCUUCGAGGACUAGUGAGCUCACUCUUUCUUUUGAAGGGGAGGUGUAUGUGUUCCCUGCUGUUACGCCUGAGAAGGUGCAAGCAGUGCUCUUGCUUCUGGGAGGACGUGACAUACCAACUGGUGUACCCACUACCAUUGAAGUACCUUAUGAUCAGAAUAGGGUUGUAGGUGAUACUCCAAAGCGCUCAAAUCUCUCACGAAGAAUAGCUUCCCUGGUUAGGUUCCGUGAAAAACGGAAGGAGAGAUGUUUUGACAAGAAAAUUAGGUAUACUGUACGUAAGGAGGUUGCCCAGAGGAUGCACCGUAAGAAUGGGCAGUUUGCCUCUCUGAAAGAAAGUUCAGGGACUUCAAGUUGGGAUUCAGCAAAGAGUUGCCUUCAAAAUGGCACUCCUCGUCCCGAAACUGUUUUGCGAAAAUGUCAACACUGUGGUGUUAGUGAAAAUAAUACUCCUGCAAUGCGGCGGGGGCCAGCUGGACCAAGAACUUUGUGUAAUGCAUGUGGUCUUAUGUGGGCAAAUAAGGGAACAUUGAGAGAUCUCAGUAAGGGAGGAAGAAACCUUUCAAUGGAUCAUAUAGAACCUGAAACUCCACUCGAUGUCAAGCCUUCAAUUGCAGAAGGAGAAUUAUCAGGCAACCAGGAUGGCCAUGGAACUCCUGAAGAUCCUUCUAAGACAGUUACUGAAGGAUCCAAUGAUCCUUCUGUCAACCCUGAUGAGGAAGAUUUACAUGAAGCUGCUGAAGAUCUUACAAACACCAUGCCAAUCGGACUUGUGCAUUCUUCAACCAAUGAUGAGGAGGAGCCUCUGGUUGAGCUUGCUAAUCCUUCAGAUACAGAUAUAGACAUCCCUGCUAACUUUGAUUAGCUGAUUGAUGCCAGGAGAUUUGAGUAGUUGUUGGGUUAUGUCACUUUAGUUUCUCUGUGUCCUGCAAUGUACAGGGUUGAAGUUAAUGAGCCUUGUAAAUUAAGGACCUUUAGUUUGAGUUGUAUCUACCAAACAACUAUGGCAGAUCCAAUGCAGCGAUGAUAAUUUGUCGCUGGAGGAGACACGCUGCUUGCUUUUAGCAUACCUUACCUGGUGAUUAUCCGUGGCGAUAUCGAUGCUGGUGGUCCAUUUUGUAUGUGUACAAGUUUUAGGAAGUAUGGUUGGGAUAUUGACCAUUCUAAAAUGUAUAAUUACAUUUUUAUUUUUAUUGAAUGGUUCCUUGCAUUCCUAAUGGAUGGAAUAGCUGAUCAAGUACUUAGAAUGUUCUGAUCACAGAGAAACCGUUGUCUCAUCCCAACAGUGUAUAAUUGGUUUUUAUUAAAAGCUAAUUGUUGUAUUUUAAUAUUGGA